GUCUGGUUCAAUUGCAUCUCUGUUCGAUGGUGGAGGUGAUCUUAUAAAAGUACCCUCCGGACAGCAGGAGCACUCAGUUCUCGGAAGAAUCUUCUUGUGUGUGGAAGCAAGUUUAACAGUAAGAAAAGUUUAAAUAAGGAAUUAAAGAGAAGGAUUAUUUUGUGUGUUUUGUGUGAACUUCGAGAGAUCACUUCUUGUCCGUGGGAAGUGCAGAGAUGUCGUACAUUGGCAAUGCUUCGGAUGUAGAACAAGAAAAAAAUAUCACGGAAUUCAGGAGGAAUCGGAGUAAUACCAAUUUAGCCACCAAAACGAUCGGUAGCCCCAAAAUAUCUGAUGUACUGUGGAAUGAUAAACGGGAUAAAAGUGAAGAUUCCGAUGAUUCAGAAAUCUCUGAUUCGCAGAAUUUCCUGGCCAAAGGUGCCUUCCUCCUCACACCAUCCCACGAAUUGUCCAUGGAGCGCGCGGCAUUGAUUUGUGAGAAAAUGAACUUCAAGGGGUGCUUUAGUUUAACAAAGACAGCAACAGGAAUCCUCUUUAAAUUCUCUAGUCCCGAAGACUACCAAGCUGUCUUCAAGAAAGGCUUCCACAAAGUCACUGGGGCCAGAUUCUACAAAAAGGUCGCCAUUCCAUGUCGUCCACAGAAAACAUUCACACUCUUUGUCCUGGAUGUCCCUGAGGAUCUUCCCGUGGAAGAUGUCAGGCAUUCACUGUACAGAUUCAAUUCUGUGGUCGAAGUCGUGAGACUUGUAAUUCACUAUCCCUCAGACAAAUCCAGCCAGCCGACAGAAGGAACAUCAACGCCAAAGCCACAAAUUCCCAAGCCUCCCAUGAAGGAUGAACAGGAUGUGGCCAAUCCGAAAGAUUCACCACCACCCCCAAUUAGGAUCACUCUUGCAUCUCUAGAGGAAUUCAAUACACUCCUCCAGAAUGGCCUAGACUUCUAUGGGGCAACAUUUUUCCCCACAGAAGCCAAUCUUCCGCUCACGGGAGCCAAAAUCGCAACCAAACGAGGACGCAUGAUUGAUGGAAGCAUACCAGGGCGUGUUCGUGAAUUGCUUCCGGUGUUUGAUGCUGCCGGAUUUUGUAAGAUACCUCCACCGGCUAGCAAAACAAUAAAGCCUCGCCCAUAAUUGAUCAUCACGAUGAGAUUGCUCCAAAUGGAUCGAAAAGGAAGAUUCAUCGUCUUUAACCAAUUCUUAAUGCCUUAUAUUUCUCAAUUUAAUUUGCAAUUUUCUCUUUCCAUUUAUGACUUUUUUUUUGAUAUUUGUAACUGCUACAAUGAUUUCCAGGAGAGACUUCCUGAAUGUGUCAUCAAGUGAGACAAACAAUAGUUCCUCCGCAAGACAGUAUAAUAAGCAGCAAAUUAUUUUGUAUUUUAUCUCGCCAUGUAUUUCCUAUUUUUUUUCGCCCCGGGGACCCCGACUGACAUGAGCUAUAUAUUUUUUUUAUAAUGACAAGAUUUAUUUCAUAAUGAGUUUUACUUUUCAUGGAUCACUAACAAUCAAUUCUCUUUAUUAUUUCUAUCAUUUUUUUUUCAAUAAAAAUAUCGAGAAUU